GCAAGCCCCUCGGGGCCGGUUACUGCCAUGCCGCUAGUUCGCUACAGGAAGGUGGUCAUCCUCGGGUACCGCUCUGUAGGGAAGACAUCUUUGGCACAUCAGUUUGUGGAGGGCGAGUUCCUGGAAGGCUAUGAUCCUACAGUGGAGAACACUUACAGCAAGAUAGUGACUCUUGGCAAAGAUGAGUUUCACCUACACCUGGUGGACACAGCAGGGCAGGAUGAGUACAGCAUUCUGCCCUAUUCAUUCAUCAUUGGGGUCCAUGGUUAUGUGCUUGUGUAUUCUGUCACCUCUCUGCAUAGCUUCCAAGUCAUUGAGAGUCUGUACCAAAAGCUACAUGAAGGCCAUGGCAAAACUCGGCUGCCGGUGGUGCUAGUGGGGAACAAGGCAGAUCUCUCUCCAGACAGGGAGGUCCAGGCAGUUGAAGGGAAGAAGCUGGCAGAGUCCUGGGGUGCGACGUUUAUGGAGUCAUCUGCUCGAGAGAACCAGCUGACUCGAGGCAUCUUCACCAAAGUCAUCCAGGAGAUUGCCCGGGUGGAGAAUUCCUAUGGGCAAGAGCGCCGCUGCCAGCUCAUGUGAGCCCUCAACCAUUGGGUUGCUGCCUUGAUUCUGCCCCUGGCACUUGCCAGGCUCCAAUGGUUGUAGGCCCUUAGGACUUCACGGGUAUGGUUGCCAGCUGUGUCCCCAGUCCUCUGAGGUCACACAGUGUGGUACCCUCAUGUUUGCACACUUUUCCAGGCUCCAGUGGCCUGGUUGUCAAUGUUUACAAUGGGCCAAGGAUGUCUCAUAGGCUCUGGCCUCUAGUCCUCUGUUUUUGCUAAAUGAAUUGUUACAACCUGCAGGGUUGCACUGUGAGUCCUAAGCAUUGUUUAUUUAGGACCCACUCUUCUGUGCAGGUUUUGGGUGUUGGCUGGUGAAGGGAGCUGGGGAUUCCUGAAGUGGAGCAGGCUCCCUAGGGUGACCAUGUAUAUAUGCAAAUAAACUGAGAAAUCUU